GCGCGUAAAUCACACAAAAUUCAUAUUUUUCGUUAAUUUUCUGUGAAAAUUGUCUUAAAAAAUAUGAACACAUCACGAAAUAAGCAAAACAAGUUGGAAGAAAAGCUGAAAUCGUUGUCAAAUGUCAAAGACAAGCCCGAAAUAGAAGAUUUUAGCACAGAUUCUGAUGAUUCUUUGAAGGAUUUCAACACAACAGUGCCUAAAAUCAACCAAACAACAAUCCGCAAAACUCCAAGACCAACAAUUUCCGCAAGAAAAGCCUUGUCAGUCAAACAUGUCACGGAUUUCUCAAAUAUUAAGCCCAAAAACGAUCAAAUUUCAUCAGAUUCGGAAGAAUCGGAGACUGAAAUGACAAAAUUCAACAAAACUCUCCCACGAACAAAGUCAAAAUCGGAUUAUCUUACCUCGGGCGGGAGCAAAAGUGCGUUGCAAUUCAAGAAAUCUGAAGCAAAAUCAUCUGAAAAUCUGCUCAAGAAGCGAAAAUUGUUCGAUGAGACGCCUUCAACAUCCAAAGAGACGGAAAAUGUUAUCGAAGAUUGCAGUUCAGACGAAGAUUUGUUCACUUUUGUCGAGAAAAUUACAGCAAAAAGGCCCAAAUUCGACGACGAAGAGAUUUCUUCUUCGCCGAAACUCUCCCAAGUGUCUUCCGAGGCAAGUUCGCAAGUUCAUCGCUUUAAUAUCAAACCUCCUGUCGAUGUUGCUGUCAAAUCCGGGGGAUAUGUCGAACUUUUAUUGAAAGCUCUUUCCGAUGCACAACAAGAAAAUCUCCAAUGGAAUUACGAGGAUCCCGCAAAUAACGCAAAAUACUUCACAGUGUCGCAUUUCGAGAUGGUUCUCGGCACAAUGAUGAUUUUUUUCAUGUUAGACAAUCAAAAAUCCGCAAUUUUUCUCGAGCCAUCGCAUAAAAUCGUGAGCAAAUUAAAAGUUGGAGCGAAAUUAGUCUUUUGUGCGGAUUUUGAGCCUUAUGACAUCGACAACGACGUGAAAGUUUACUGCGGAGUGACGAAAAUUAAAUUUGUUUCGUCGUGAUUUUGGUUAACAUUACUUUACGAAUCAAAUUAGUUCUUAAAAUUAAUUAAAUUAAAUUAAAAUUCGUUAAUUUUCCAUUCAA